CGGAAUGUAACCUUCUUUGGCUACUCGAACUAGUUCGAUGACGAAGAUCUGCAUUUACCGCACCUUUUUACAGAAUUCGGGGUUCCCCAUUCUUGCUUCCUGCUCCGCAUAAUCGGGCCUUCCAAACAGCUUGAAAGGGCUGGCAGAUGGGAGAAUAUGAGACGGCAAUGCGUUCAGCCUAGAGUGCCGUUGUCAUGAGGCAUGCUCUCCACGAGUAUAAAAAGGCUAGGCAAUUUUCUUCUUGCAAUAAUGGCCUCAUCUUUUAUUUCCCUUGUUUUCUCAUAUCCUCAACAUGAUAUCCAUAGGGCAGAAGCUCGGUGUUCUUCUAGCCUUUAGUGCCUCGAGCACGUUAGGUCAACAGGUGUACAUAUCUGCAGAUGGUCCCUCACAUCGACCAAAUUGCGAAUCUUGCAAUUACACUACCACUCCUACAUACCAUUUCACUCAAUUCUCCUUUACUCAAACUGAAACCUAUCGGACGGCAACAUCAAGGCCCGUCCCUUCAACGACUGCCUCCUAUGCCCCCCACUUCUCAGACUUAAGCACCCUUGUUCCUGAUAUUUCUACAACAACAUGGGGCAACUGGGAUCCGAAUGCAACGGCUCAGGCAACCGACUCUGCGAACCCAUACGGAAACGCAGCAUGGACUGCUAUGUGGCAUGCAGCCAAUGUGUCUAACUUCACCGAGGUUCCACUUUACACCACAACCGUCAGUCCGACAGCCCUACCAACCAGCGAAUUAAUUCUUCCCCCAGCCGAUUAUUUUGGCCCAACAGACUGCUAUACUUUCCCAGAAGAUUUUAUCUUCGGAGUGGCAGGCUCAGCAUCGCAAAUCGAAGGUGCCGUUGCGAUGGAAGGCAAGUCCCCAAGUCUGAUGGAGAUCCUCCCAGGAGCACAAGGGAAAUCAAAGGACUACGUUACAAAUGAGAACUAUUAUCUCUACAAGCAAGAUAUCGAGAGGCUUGCUUCCAUGGGUGUGAAGUACUACAGCUUUUCCAUUGCGUGGACUCGAAUUCUUCCAUUCGCUCUUCCUGGAACUCCCGUCAAUCAACAAGGAUUGGAUCAUUACAGUGAUCUAAUCGAUUUUAUCCUUGAAAAAGGGAUGAUUCCAACAGUCACAAUGUUCCAUUUUGACACCCCUCUCCAAUUCUUUGGGGGUAAUAAUAGCCAGGCCGCGGAUGAUGCGUUGAUUGGAUAUGUAAAUGGGGGAUAUCAAAACGAGACAUUCACCGAUGCCUUUGUUAAUUAUGGCAAAAUACUCUUGACAAAUUAUGCAGACCGAGUCCCAAUCUGGUUUACAUUCAACGAACCGCUUCUCUACUGCGAUAAUGGAAAAUCAGUAAACAACGUCAUUAAAGCCCACGCACAGCUCUAUCACUUCUAUCACGAAGACGUCCAGGGCACCGGAAAGCUCGGCAUCAAAUUCAACGACAACUUCGGCGUCCCUAAAGACCCUAAGAACCAAUCCGAUUUAGAUGCCACAAAUCACUUCAACGAUUUCCAGCUUGCAACGUUCUGUAAUCCAAUCUUCCUUGGUAUCGACUACCCCGAAGCAUUCAAAAUCACCAUUCCAGAUUAUGUCCCUCUCACCCCCGAAGAUCUGGCGUACGUUGGAAACACCAGCGAUUUUCUCGGUAUUGAUCCUUACACUGCAACUGUUGUCAGCCAGCCACCGGAGGGCGUGGAAGCCUGUGCCAAAAACUCCAGCUCUCCCAACUUCCCCUACUGCGUGACGCAAGAAACGCAAAACGUCUUUGGUUGGAACAUCGGGUACCGCUCACAAUCAUACGUCUACAUUACGCCGACGUACCUUCGCACAUACCUAUCCUACCUCUACAAUACCUUUAAGAAACCCGUCCUUGUUUCCGAAUUCGGCUUCCCCGUCUUCGCGGAAUCUGAGAGUGCUGCUGUGGAGGACCAACUCUUCGAUUCUCCAAGGAGCCAGUACUACCUCAGUUUCAUGAGUGAGAUCUUGAAGAGCAUACAUGAGGAUGGUGUCAAUGUCAUGGGCGCGCUUGCGUGGAGUUUCGCUGACAACUGGGAGUUUGGAGAUUAUACGCAACAGUUUGGUCUUCAGUAUGUGAAUAGGACGAGUCAGGAACGCAGGUUUAAGAAGAGUUUCUUUGAUUUGGUUGACUUUGUGGCUACGAGAAUGGGGAGUUCGUAGGAUUUUUUUAAGAUCUUGAUAUUAAUUAUAUAACGACGUCAUUAUCUUCUCCUAUGGGUUUGUGUAAACCAAAACAUGAGGGCAUAUGCUAUACUUAUAUGAUAAUAUAAUGUACUUAACUUUAUAACCCUCUGCCAUCAUAAAGAUGAUAAUAUAUCCGGCAAAC